AUGGAGAUUUCUUCGAUUCCCAUGGAGUCUUAUUCGAUUCACAUCUUUGUCACUCAUGCCAAAUCAUCUCGUAAGAUCUUUCUCUCCAAACGAAAGUAUGUCCUUGAUUUCAUAUCUGAUAUUGGGGUGCUGGGAUGUAAACCUGUAGCCUCGCCUUUUGAAGCUAAUCAUAAGCCUGACAUUGCAUAUGUUGUUGGUGUUGUGAGUCAAUACAUGCAUGAUCCUCGUGAGACUCAUACGGAUGCAGUCCAUUGUAUUAUGAGAUACUUGAAGACAACACCAGGCUAUUUUGCCUUUGUUGGAGGUAACCUGGUAACUUGGCGCAUCAAUAAGCAAACGGUGGUAGCAAGGUCUAAUGCCGAUGCAGAGUAUAGAGUUGUGGCUCUUGGCGUUAGUGAGCUCUUGUGGACUUAG